AUGUUUGGCCUCCUCAUCUCUGGUCGUCCGAUAGACGCGCAACCACAGGCCAUCUCUCCGACGCAAUACGCCUUUCAGGUCCCUUCGCGACCAGCCUUCAACCAUAUCGCCGUCUUUUCUUUGCCGGGCAACGAGCUGCCCCUCGAUGCUGCUGCCGCCAUCUUUAUCCAAAUACCGCCAUCGACCGAGUUCAAGCUGGUAGGCGCAUUGUCAUCGUUGAGGCCUUCGACCAUGUUCAAGAUCAAUACGGGAAACACUGUCGCGCCGGGCGCCGGGGACGAUCAACUCAUGUUGGAUGAGAUUCCGGAAGGCGUAGAAGUAGGAGGACCUGCCAUCGUCGUCGGCAUAGAGAUACAACCAGCUGCACAGGUCAAGGCCUUGCUGGCAGAGCAAAAGACAAACUCGUCGACACAGAUGGUGCCAUCGCAUCAGUCAGCCACCGCUUCGCCAGUCACUACAAAAAUCCUCGCCCAGCGCAUUAUCGCCAACGCUUUCAAUUUCCUUGCGUCAUUUGGUAGCGACACUGUACCGCUCAAGGCUUUUGAAGCCUGGUGGUCUAAAUUUGAGAGCAAGGUCAACAAUGACCCGAGUUUUCUGGAGCGUCCGCAAGAUUGA